AGCUCCGGUACUCCAGCGGAUUCUUAAUUAACCUGUAAGGGGUCAACACCUGAUUAAAACCCAUGUCAGGAGAGACUGUGUUGCUUCCUGACCAACGAACACUACCAAUACGUCCAGAGGACUGAUAUCGGGAGGACCGAAAUUGUUUCAGUGGUAGAACCUAGUUUGCCUGUCUUAGCUGUGGUUCUUGGAAGAGGCAAUAAAACGAAACGAGAAGCAGCACUUGUCUCAUCUUCCAUCUGUGUGAGGACCUGCCGGAGUAAGAGGAGAAUUUAUCUUUCCUCUAGGAGGGAGAACCUUGCGGAGGAGGUUGCAGGAUGUGGGCGGUGUGGGCGGUACUGACCACGAUGUGGGCGUGCAGUCUAACUCAUGGUCACACAAGCACCGAAACAAACCGCUUCCUGUCAGUGUUCUCAGUGGUGAGGUUCAAGAACAGUGAGUGCCCAGCCACUGGGGAAGAUACAGGGGUAUGUUACCCCAGCGCCGCCUGCUACAGAGGCGGGGGAGAAGAGGCAGGACAGUGUGCAAGUGGCUUUGGUAUUUGCUGCCUUACCAAAGUGGGAUGCUCUGCCUCAGCUUCCAAUAACAUGACGUACAUUGAGAGCCCAAGCUACCCGUCCACCUUCAACUACGCCACAACCUGUACCCACACUCUCCACUUCAGUGAAGACAUCUGCCAACUCAGGUUAGAUGUGGCAAAGGUUGAACUCGCUCCGCCGAACACCCAGGGCAACUGUGUCGACGAUUGGCUCACUUUCUCUCAAGACAUCAAGUGGGAGAGAGUGUGUGGCACUUCUAUCAACACCCACUUUUACCUAGAUGUGGAACCCUCUGUGAGCACCUCCAUCAGUUUCACCUUCACGACGAACUCCUCCGUCUCCUACGCCCGCAGGUGGAAGAUCAGGGUGUCCCAGAUCAGCUGCGGUCAGUUCUCACUAGCUCCCUCAGGAUGCGGUCAGUACUUCACCACUUCUUCUGGGACCAUCAAAGGAUGGAACCAUGACGGGCUCUACCUCUCGGGCCAGAAUUACGCCAUCUGUGUUAGGAAGGAACUCAACAGCUGCUCGACGACCUACGUGGACAAUCAGAACAUUAUGUUCAUUCCUGCGUGCGGUGACACCUUCGAGUGGCCUUAUCCAGUCUUCAUAUCACCUGACAUGUCAGUCACCUGCUUCAGCAACCCCACCUUCAUAAAUUCGGCACCGUUUACUGUGCCUCUCCAAGGACCGAAUUACAUAUACCUGGUUACGAAGGAUACAACCAACAGUCACAUCUACUCCUCCAACAUCAACUAUAAUUAUACACAAAACAGCUGCUAAUGAAGAAAGAAGUAAUGAUCAUCUGAUGAUUACUGGAAAAUCAAGAAUAAAAGUCACAACAGCAUGGCUUAAACGGUGCACAACUAACACAUUAAUUAACAUUGAUUUUAUAAAGCUCUAUUCAGAGCUAAACCUCCCACAAUACAUGUUUGUAGACCAUUCUGCUCGUAAUUAUGAGAGCAUUGGGACCAGAAGGACCCCAAAUUAAAAUUUGGCCACAUGGGUAUAGGCUCCAUUUAUCGUGAUAGUUUACUUCAAUACCUGUUUUCGGAAAAAAAAAAAUGGUUGUACAUGUAAAAACAAUCGUCCUCAAUAUUUCCAUUAGGGACCUUAUAUGUCCUCUUUUCUAAUACUAUACGACCCACGACAGCAAACAAAUUCCUUGGUAUAAAUUUACUGCUAGGUGAACAGAGGCAGCAGGUGUGAGAUCGUUUCUAGACCCAAGUCCUGCCAGCUGUGACCCGAUAAAGAUGAUUUUAGAUGAACAGUGACGUUCAUCCUUAUAUUUUAACAAGGUAUGCUUGUCAAAAGUUUAAGUGGUAAUGCAUUAUUUACAGUAGGCAUAGGGUAUUUUCCCAUAAUUGUGGUAAUAUGCCACUGUGGAUAAAAUAUUCUUAAGACUUACCACAACAGCUAAUAAUAGC